UUUAUGAACCACUUGGCAAACAGCUAACCAUGAAAACCAACCCCAAAGAUGGAAUCCUCAUCUUUACUCUCGUGGCUUCAUCUCGUCGUUUCGUCCUUCAUUACUUCGUAAGCUGCCUAAUUGAAGAACAAAACAACAGCAACAACUAUGAAACCCUUCUUAGUCUGUCUUUUCACCAUUCUAUUCUUUUUCAACGUCCACGUCACUUCAAUUUCUUCAAAAUCAACAGACCCAACUCCAGCUCCAUGGCCUCUUCAAUUCCACGCAGUUCUCUUCAUGAACAACAGUGGAAACCUCCAGAAACUGGACCUGUGGUACGACUGGCCCAACGGCCGCAACUUCAACAUAAUCCAGAACCAGCUAGGCAAGCUUAAAUACGAUCUUGAAUGGGAUAAUGGUACGUCCUACAUAUACACUUUGGACUUGAGCCAAGAGUGCAGGGUGUUGCAUUUCUCUGUAGGCAUUCUUCGCCCAAACUGGAUGGAUGGAGCCACGUAUCUUGGUCAGCAAUAUGUAGAUGGGUUUCUCUGUAAUGUGUGGACUAAAGUUGAUUUCAUUUGGUACUAUGAAGAUGUUGUUACAAAGAGACCUGUUCACUGGGUAUUCUACACUGGAUAUACAGCCCAUGUGAUGACGUUUGAGGUAGGAGCAGUGCUUGAAGAUCCCAAGUGGCAGGCUCCUGUUUAUUGUUUUAAGGAAGAAGCGUUAGAGGAGGAGGAGGAGGAGGAGGAGAAGAUGCCUGUUCUUGAAUCUGUGGUUACUGUUUCAUCCGUGGGGAAAUUGAUUAGAAGGGUUUUCAAUAAUCCUACCAAAUUGUGAUUUUCUGUAUCUUCUCUGUUUUGCUUUAGGCUUUUUAUAAUAAAUCUUCUGAAGAUUAGCGGUUCAUGCCGAUUGAUAAAUGAUUACUUUGGUUGCGUUUAUUAUGUAACAUAAUAU